UUGUGGGGUUAUUUGAAAUCCAAGGUAUACGCUAAUAAGCCAAAGACCUUAGCUCAACUGAAAGCCAACAUUCGACGUGAAACAGCCGCCAUAUCAUCCGAAACAUUGGCCAAAGUCAUGGAAAAUGUCGAAAAAAGAGUGCAUUUAGCUGUCAAAGCUAAAGGUGCCCAUUUACGCGAUCUAAUUUUUAAAUAUUAGCUGAAACAAAUCCACUUGGACCAAAAUAAAUUAUUUUUGAAAUGAACAAAAAACAUUGUUUUCUUUUGUUCUUUUUUUUUAGAAACAAAUGGGUCAACUUUAAAUGGUCAACUUAAAAUGUAUUUUUGGAUAUAUGAAUGUACAUACAUAUGUAUAUUAUAAAAUAAACAUAAAAUAUUUUUUUGUAAAUAACUAUUUCGCCUUUUCAUUUUCCAUAUCAGUGGAGCAAUCACAAAAUUUAUGUUUCCAAUUUAUUUCACUUCGCGCGCAACAAUUGCCAAAUUUUUAACUGUACUUUUGCCAAAGUUGCCACAAAUUUCACAUGGAACGUGAUACUUUAACAAAUCGUGCAACACAUCUGUUGGGAUUGAUUGUAGUUGAAUGCUGGUUUAUAUAUCUUUUCAAGCAUUUGAACCAUUGGUUCCUUUAGCUUCAACAUCAUUAUUAGAAUAAUUUUAUCCGUGCCCGCUGCAAGAAGCUGUUUAUAGCGUAUAGCCGCUGUAUUUGCUAGUCGUUGAAGUUGUACCUCCGCUGAAAUUUGCUGAGAACCAAGUGAAGUGCGUUUCAUGAGUUCUUCUAGGGAUUCCCCUGCAGAGCAUGAGGCUGAGAUGCUUAGCCGUUUUUAAAUAGGAUAUAUUGAUAUGUUCAAUGGACAAUACCUUACCUAAUCUGGUGAACUCUUUGCAGCUUUCUGUCGAUGGUCAGAAAGACUGUCAUGAGUCUGCUUUUGCUUUCUUGACUGUUUUUUUGUAUUACUUCAAGAUUUUUUUGAAAGGUUGCCAAAUUUUGGUCCCAAAACUAUCAUUAAACUUCUAUUUACAGGUUCUUGAGGUCAACGCUCCACCAAGGAUCACCAGGCUUCUUCUUCUUAAUUGGCGUAGACACCGCUUACACGAUUAUAUCUGAGUUAACGACAGCGCGCCAGUCGUUUCUUCUUUUCGCUACGUGGCGCCAAUUGGAUAUUCCAAGCGUAGCCAGGUCCUUCUCCACCUGGUCCUUCCAACGGAGUGGAGGUCUUCCUCUUCCUCUGCUUCCCCGGCGGGUACAACGUCGAAUACUUUCAGAGCUGGAGUGUUUUCGUCCAUUCGGACAACAUGACCGAGCCAGCGUAGCCGUUGUCUUUUAAUUCGCUGAACUAUGUCAAUGUCGUCAUGUAUCUCAUACAGCUCAUCGUUCCAUCGAAUGCAAUAUUCGCCGUGACCAACGCGCAAAGGACUAUAAAUCUUUCGCAGAACUUUUCUCUCGAAAACUCGCAACGUCGACUCACCAGUUGUUGUCAUCGUCCAAGCCCCUGCACCAUAUAGCAGGACGGGAAUUAUGAGUGACUUAUAGAGUUUGGUUUUUGUUUGUCGAGAGAGGACUUUGCUUCUCAAUUGCCUAUUCAGUCCGAAGUAGCACCUGUUGGCAAGAGUUAUCCUACGUUGGAUUUCCAGGCUGACAUUAUUGGUGGUGUUUACGCUGGUUCCAAGAUAGACGAAAUUAUCUACAACUUCAAAGUUAUGACUGUCAACAGUGACGUGAGUGCCAAGUCGCGAGUGCGACGACUGUUUGUUUGAUGACCGGAGAUAUUUCGUCUUGCCCUCGUUCACUGCCAGACCCAUUUGUUUUGCUUCCUUGUCCAGUCUGGAGAAAGCAGAACUAACUAACGGCGCGGGUGUUGAAGCCGAUGAUAUCAAUAUCAAGCUCAACGUCAGCUUACACAGCCGUAUUAGUUUUGCGGGGGUACCAAAUUCAGACAUCGUGGCAUAAAGGCAGCUUCUUUUCGUGCUGUCGAAAGCAGCUUUGAAAUCGACGAAGAGGUGGUGUGUGUCGAUUCUCCUUUCACGGGUCUUUUCCAAGAUUUGGCGCAUGGUGAAUAUCUGGUCGGUAGUUGAUUUGCCAGGUCUAAAGCCACACUGAUAAGGUCCAAUCAGUUUGUUGACGGCGGGCUUUAAUCUUUCACACAAUACGCUUGAUAGAACCUUAUAUACGAUGUUGAGGAGGCUAAUCCCACGGUAGUUGGCGCAGAUUGUGGGGUCUCCUUUUUUAUAGACUGGGCAUAGUACACUUAAAUUCCUAUCGUUGGGCAUGCUUUCGGCCAACCAUAUUUCACAAAGACGCUGAUGCAUGCUCAUUAUCAGUUCUUCGCCGCCGUGUUUGAAUAGCUCGACCGGCAAUCCAUCGGUCCCCGCCGCUUUGUUGUUCUUCAGGCGGGUAAUUGCUAUUCGAACUUUUUCAUGGUCGGGCAAUGAAACGUCUGCUCCAUCGUCAUCGAUUGGGGAAUCGGGUUCGCCUUCUCCUGAUGUUGUGCGUUCACUGUCACUGCCACCGUAUGUUCCGGUCUUGAAACGUUCUGUAAGCCGCCGUAUUUUUUCGUAGAAUUUUCGAGCAUUACCCCUGUCGGCCAGCUUAUCAAGCUCUUCGUACUCACGCAAUUUGGGCUCUUUCUUUUUCUGUCUGCAAAUGCGUCUCGCUUCCCUCAUCAACUCUCGGUAUCUAUCCCAUCCCGCACGUGUUGUGGUCGAUCGUAACGUUGCGAGGUAGGCAGCCUGUUUUCUUUCCGCUGCGACGCGGCACUCCUCAUCGUACCAGCUGUUCUCUUGCACUUUCCGAAAUCCAAUGGUUUCGGUUGCAGCUGUACGUAAGGAGUUUGAAAUGCCGUCCCACAGUUCCCUUAUGCCGAGUUGUUGACGAGUGCUCCCUGAGAGCAGAAGUGCAAGCCGAGUAGAAAAUCAUUCGGCUGUCUGUUGUGAUUGCAGCUUCUCGACGUCGAACCUUCCUUGUGCUUGUUGGCGUGCGUUUUUUGCUGCACAGAGACGGGUGGGAAUGUUUCCUCAUGGAUGCUGAACUUACCGACCGUAGUGCCAAAGAUACCUUCUUUAUCCACCCUGGCGUUAAAGUCGCCAAGCACGAUUUUGACAUCGUGGCGGGGGCACCUCUCAUAAGUGCGCUCCAAGCACUCAUAAAAGGUAUCUUUGGUCACAUCGUCCUUCUCUUCCGUCUUGGCGUGGGCGGAAAUCAGAGAUAUGAUACCUCGCUUUGAUGCGGAUUGUGGCUAGACGUUCAUUCACCGGAGUAAAUGAUAGUACUCGGCGACGGAGUCUCUCUCCCACCACGAAUCCCACACCAAACAUGCGCUCCUUUAUAUGGCCAUUGUAGUAAAUGCCACAAGGACCUACUCGUCUCUGUCCUUGUCCCGUCCAUCACAUUUCUUGUACAGCGAUGAUGUCAGCCUUUAUUUUCACGAGAACAUCAACCAGCUGGGCAGCGGCACCUUCCCAAUUAAGGGACCGGACAUUCCAGGUGCAUGCCCUCAAUUCGUAUUCGAAAUAAGGAAUUUCGUUUUUCAUGGUCGUCAUCAAAAGGGGGGUCUCUCAUCCCAGGGUGGUUAUAACUAUUCACCGGGGAUGUUUUUUUUACGUGGCGGGACCCAAACCCAGCGCAGAACCCAAUGUAGGGGAUAUUUCGCCAUCUCACUUUAGCUCGCCUUCAAAUGGAUGUCCUUAGGCUACCCAGAGGAUACUUGGUCAAAGACCGGAAGUCGUGAGCUGCUUGAGUCAUAUGUAAAAGAAUUGUUUCUGGCCACUCCCAAGUGAAUGGCGAUCAUGUGAACUUCUACACAUGACUCCAUUCUCCGCACCACCAUGCUUCCUCUUUUGAAAACCGUUGGAGGUGUCGAUUGGUUGAAAGAUGUAGUUAGCCUCUAACUUUUCCUUCUCUUCAUCUAAUUCUUAAUCAUUUAUAAUUUUCUUCUUAUUCUAGGGAACCCGUCCACGCUUUACUGUGGCUGAUACAUAGAUAAUACUACUACUACCAUCUGUUAUAUACUUACAUAUGAUUUCUAUUAGUCAGAUUAGAACUAUUAGUUAAUGAGAUAUAGCAUUUUUGUGAAGCAACUUGUGUUAGAUUACAAAAAAAUGGAUCAUAAAGCAAUUCGUGUGUUAAUAAAGCAUUGCUUUUUGAGGGUAAACAUAUACAUAUAUACAACAUAUACCAUUGCGGAGUUUUCUGUAGACAUUUUCAAUGUGUACAAUAUUUAGUACAUUAAUUUGCAAAAUCUCGUACACUAUUUCUCCACUAUUUAAUGGAUCGGUCAAUCACUCUAUCUUCCUCUUCAAUCACCGCAUCAAAAUCCCUUGGGUAGUUUUAAAGAUUUAAGCGUACAAAGGGACUUAGGAAGAAAAAAAACGAUUAUAUUUUAUACUAUGUAGUGAUUUUCUUUUUUCUUACCUUUUUUCUAACUUUGUCUAGUACUCACUUUUCAUUAUUUGACUUAGGGAUUUCUUUCUUUUCUUGUGCUGAAGGAGUACACUGGUGGGUAUUCAUGGCUGCUUUUGACGUGGACUCCGUCAGUAGUCCUGGUUUCCAAAGUAAUUUUCCCUGUCAAAUCGUUGGUUGUCAAGAUAUUAGUAGUUGUUAUUCUGUGUAUGCCUUUAUUUGUUGCGUUUAUUAUUUUCCGCCAUUCUGCAAUAUCAGUGUUGAUUGAGAAAACCGACAAUUCGUCUAUGUAUGUCGUUCAUUAAUAUUUGGGUAAGGGAAAGAUCCAUGCACGCGGUGUCACAAACCAAACACGACUUGGUUAUUCCAAAUAGAGGAAACCGAUUCCAAGACGCAACAGUCAGUAAGGCUAUUGAAUAAUUUUUAAUGAACUACCUUGAAAAUAAAAGAACUAUUACGUACCAGUAUAUAGCAUUAUUUGAAGUGCUGCUUCAACGAGAUAAUGUAUAGUAUCCCAGAACCAAUGAAAAUGAUUGUAACAUGAAUUGAAGAUCGGAAUAACUCCGCGUCUAUAGGUUUCUCCAAAUCUUCUCCUCCGACUUCAAGAAAAUGCUCCCUAAAAAGAAAUUUAGCGACAAUGAGAAGCUAAUCGCUUAAACUAAGACCUAUUUUGAAAGAAAGGCAAAUUAUAAUUUUGUGUUGUUUUAAAAAGAUUCAGUCCUAACAUUAAAAACAAUUAUUAUGUCACUAUUUUCCACAUAAUAAUUGAAAGAAAAAAAUAUAUAGAGCAUACUAUAUGUCCCUUUUUGUACAGUCAGAACAACAAUAAAAUUGUUAUAGUAUAUAAGGGCUGGUAAAAAUGAAUCAAUUACUUUUCUCAAAAUGAGGGAACGAGGGUUCGUCAAAUCCUUACUUCUUCAUUUUUAAUUAAUUGUGAACUAACCACACACAAUAUUUUCCAACCAAUAUUCGUAGAAAUAUGUACACAUACAUAUAUAUAAGGGCUAAGUUCGGGUGCGGCCGAACAUUUUAUACUCUUGCAACUUGGAUAAAUUAAUGCCAGGGAAAUACCUCAAAGCGUAAAAUUUCAACCACGGAAUCCAAGCAAUUUUAUAUAUACAUACAUAUACUGUAUAUAACUCAUAAACUGACCGACAUAUUCGACGUAAGGUUUGUUAGAAAAACGAAAAUCAUUAUAUUUAGCAUAUGCGAGUAGGGGUAGUAUCGACCCUAUUUUAUCUAUUUUUGCUUAUCCCGCAUACCACUAAUAUGCCAUAUACUCAAAUAAUGUUCCUUGGAUGUCAUUAGGUUCCUUACAUACAAUCAUAUGAAGCAAAGUCAGCCAGAUGUUCGAAAAUCCUGAUAUUAGUUAAAUGGGGGGUGGGUCAAGUUUUCGCCCUAGUUUGAAUCUAUUUUAAGCACAAAAGUAUAUUUUUAUGAGUAAAAUAUGGUCAGUAAUUUUCGUUGAGAUAACUCAAACAAUGGCCGAUGUAUGCGGUAUAAAGUCACUUAGAGGUUCGAAAAUCUUCAUAUUAGAUAUAUGGGGGCUCAGGGAAGUAUUGACCCGAUUUGAUACAAAGAAAUACUAUUGUCAGGAAAGGAUUCUAACUGAAUUUCAUUCGCCUAUAUUACAGAUUGAACGAUAUUUUCGGUCAAAAGUCAAAUAGGGUUCUCAUCUCCGGUACCUAGGGGUUGAAUAGUUUUGUGUUGGAUUUGGACAAUUUUUGGUCGUGAGCUGGCAUACUUUAUAAGAAUUAUUUUACUUCGUUUUUUAAUUCCUUUUUGAAUUGCGUACUGAAAAGUGAAAGAAUCAAGUGGAAUUUAGCUUGGUCUUAUAUGGGAAGAGGGCGUGGUUGUGGUGCGAUUUCGUCCCUUAUCCCGUUCCCAGGUUUCAUAAAGCCCAUUCUUACCAUUUUGGAGAUAAAAUUUAAUGUCUCUAGCGUAAUUAGUUAUUGAUCUAUUGCGUUUUUAGUGGUUUUGCACAGUACCGUUAUAUAGGGAGUGGCCGGGAUUAUCCUCCGCUUUAAUCCUUUUUCACAGUGUUGGUAGAAGUUCUUAUAAUAUUUACGCAGAGAAAAUUUGGUUAUUCUAGCUUUAGUAAUUUAGGAGAUAUGUGCAUAAAACUUAUUAGAGGGCGGGCCUACACCCACCUUUUCAAAACCUUUUCUCACAAGUGCUCUUGCUACUGCGAUCUCUUAUGCCAAAUUACAGUUUUAUAUCUAAAUUUAGUGCUUAGUUAUGACACUUAAUAGGUUUUCAGUUAAUGGCGAUUUGGGGGCGUGGCCAUCUACGAACUCGAUUUUUUUUUGUACUAGGGAACCCCCCAUACCAAGUUUCAUCAAGAUAUCUCAAUUUUACCAAGUUAUAGCUUGCACGGAUAGACGGAUGGACAGCCACACAGUCACCCGGAUUUCAACUUUUCUCGUCACCUUGAUCAUUUAUAUAUAAAUAUAUAUAACCCUAUAUAUUUACAUCACGCUUAGUUUUAUGUGAUACGUACAACCGUUAGGUGAACAAAACUAUAAUACUCUGUAGCAACUGGUUGCAAGAGUAUAAAAACAGUAUAUCAGAUGUAGACGCAAAUAUAUGCGAAUAAGAGUGUAUUAUAUUGUGUAUGCGGAAAUCGAAUGCUGACUUAACAGGUUUAGCUGCUUUAACGUCUUGAAACGAAAUAAAAAAUUUUGAAGAAAUGAGGAAGUAAAUUUUCCAGACUUGAUUUAUACUUUGCUGGCGUAAGGUACAGAAAUUUUGAUUAUACCAUACAGAUACUAAUUGUAUUUGUGCAUACGGGUGAAAGUUUUUUAAUACUUUUUUGUUGGUAUUGUUCAAUAUCAGAGUAAAUGAAUGUUGCGAGCGCCAAAUAUUUAUAUAAAAUAAAUAAUUUCAUAUAAAAUAAAAUAGUUGGACCAGAGAUAGAUAAUAAUCACCAAAAAAUCCUACUCAUUUACUUGAGAGGCAACCACCGUUGUCAACAGUCAAAGAAAGCGAGUGUGUGUCUUAAAAUGACAGAGCAAACAACAAGAGGCAUCGCGACAGCGCUUGUCGGUCUAAUCGGUCGCUAGAUACGCAGCGCAGGCAAACAAACGAAGUAUGUUAUUACAAACAGUUUUGUGCAAAAGCGUUAGCAUUGAAGAAACACGAAUCAGUUGUGUAGACAAACAUAAUAUUGCAACAAACGUUUUUAAGAAGUCUCGAAAGAAACCAAAAUUUUUAAAAAAGUAACCACAAUAACUGGAAUCAAUUUUAGACAUUCCAUACUAUAUAAAUUAUAAAAGCAAAAGAAGAAUAAUUCCAGAGAAACCAUAUCACGCUUCCGGCAAUAUGGUACUAAUAACAACGUUUAACGCCAACUGGGAAAGGCUAAUAGCCGUUAACCAUGUAAAUUUGACCGUGCUGAUGUUUCUUUUCAUGGUUUGCGCAUUUGAAGUGGUCUUGUGGAAGCUAACUCUUACUGACCUUAGUAGAGUCGAUGUAUUCGGACGCAGUGAAGCUAACGAUAUCAAUGGGAGUGAAUAUGAAGAGGACAUCUACUAUGGAGAUUUACGUAGUAAUUACGAACGAUGGAUACGAAGACAGACACACUAUCGACACCAAGUGUGGCGUCUAGAACAGGAAGAAGUAACCCAAUUCCGUGUGCAACAACAGCAGCGAAGGCAGGUCGAAAGGGUCAUCUGCUAAAGGUGUAAAUAAUAUGUAGUUGUGGAAGGGGAAAGUAUCAAAGUAUUAAGGAUUUUAUACGUAUACAGUGGAAACUCUAUGGAACGAUAUUCAAGGGACCACACAUUUUUUUACGUUAUAAGGAGUUUUUAUUAUACGGGGAGAAGACGUAUAACGACGACUAAUAUUGGAGAAAAAGUAGUGUAUAAUAUGACAUUAGAGGACAUCCUCGUAGUUUUGAGUCGAUUACUGCAUUUAAAGUUAAGUCUAUUCUUUUACAAAAUAAAUUUGUUACAAAUAGUGUCUGUGACGUUAUAUAGAAUAUGUAUACUGUAUGUGGAGCAGGAAAGUUGCUGGAAAAAUCUAGCAAACAGACCACAACAAUUACAAACAAUAUUAUAUUAAGAAAAAUUAAUGUGAAAAAAUAUAUAUAUGUAAAAAUAUGGAUAUUAAUCAUAUAUAAACCAUAAUAAGGUAUUUUGAAGUGAUUUAAAUGUUCAGUUAGAUUGUAACAAAAUUAAUAAAGCUGUAUUAUUAAUUAACGA